CACCAAACACACACACACACACACACACACAGCUUUACAGAAAAGGAAACACCACGUUUGAGGCGGCUGCUGCUGCUGCUGCUGCUGCUGCUAACUACAACGCAGAGAACACAAUUGAAAGAAACUUGAGCGAAGAAAAAAAUAAGCUUUGCAAAACAAGGAAGAUACCUCAUGUAAAAAAAAAAAAAAAACACCCACAACUAGCGUCGCAGCUAUGCUCCACAGACACCAACGCAUCAGCGGGGAUUCCACAGAAAAAUCACUACGCCCAGAUACUAGCGAGCAAAAAGAAUCUGAAGCCACUUCUGCAACCGCUAAGGCUGCUGCGAGAGCUGCCUCUGUGAGCGCUGAGCGGUUCGGCAGAACUUGUACGAGUAGUCGUCGCAGUAGCAGUACCGGUACCCGUGAGAAAGUUGGGUUUAACUCCGCGAUAGACGUGGAGCUAAAAGGAGUGAGUGUCGUGCAACUCAGAUCGUUAUUCGAGCCUGGCAGUGGAACUGAAACACACCACCCCCACCGUCAUCAACAUCGACCCCCAGCCGGCAAACAAAUGCCCAAAGAGCGGCGGAGAUCAUCCAGGGAGGUCGCCCACCAUUCCAACGGUGAGGGUGGCGUGGGCGCGGGUGUCAGUACCCGGGAGCGUAAAAGCAGCCGCAGCAGAAUGAGUGAUAGCUGGACUGGCGCUAACGCCGGCAGAGCCCCCUCCGAGGGCGAAGUCGGCGGGGGCAAGGCUCCGAACUGCUUGCGGACCCCCAGCGUCCCGCAGCUUACGAUAACCCCCAGCGGCGGGGGCAGCCCCCGGGAGAUGGGCGAGGACUGGAACGACGUGGACGGACCGCUGCGCAGAAAGAUGUCCAACUCCUCCAUCUCCUCCAACGGGUCGACUGUUUGUGAGGAGUCCGAAGAUGAUAUUCUGAGUGACAACGAAACCAAGAGUCAAGGCAUCGUUACCUUGGAGCCGGCAGAGGACACACCUGUUAACAGGCCCUGGAGGAAGCUCAAGACCAUCGUUCACUGGCCCUUCAUCGUGUCGCAGAGGAAGCGCUACUCCUGGAUCCAGCUCGCCGGACACAAAGGAAACUUCAAGGCCGGCGAGGAGGGCACGGUGCUGAAGAAGUUCAGUGAGAAUGAGAAGAGGUGCUUUGAGCGGCUGAUGGGGGACGUGCUGUACUCCUUCGUCCCGGCCUACCACGGGAUGGUGGAGAGAGAGGGGGAGCCCUACCUGCAGCUCACUGACCUGCUGGGGGGGUUCAACGGACCCUGCGUCAUGGACUGCAAGAUCGGAGUGAGGACGUACCUCGAGGAGGAGCUAGCCCGUGCUCGCAAGAGCCCCAAGCUGCGCAAGGACAUGUACAACAAGAUGGUGGAGGUGGAGGCAGAGGCCCCCACUCCAGAGGAGCAUGCCCAGAAGGCAGUCACCAAGCCCCGGUACAUGCAGUGGAGAGAAUCCAUGAGCUCCACACACUCCCUGGGCUUCCGGAUCGAGGGCAUCAAGAAAGCGGACGGGACCUGCAGCACAGACUUCAAGAGGACCAAGACCCAGGAGCAAGUGACGCUGGUCUUCAGGGACUUCGUGGAGGGGAACAAGAGGAUCAUGGAAACCUACCUGGCUAAGCUGGAAGAGAUCAGGAGAGUGCUGGAGUCCUCCGAAUUCUUCAAGAGUCACGAGGUGAUCGGGAGCUCACUGCUCUUCAUUCAUGACCACAAUGAGCUGGCCAAUGUGUGGCUCAUUGACUUUGGAAAGACCACCCCCCUGUCCGAGGGGCAGACCCUGACCCACCGGGCAGAGUGGUGCGAGGGAAACCGCGAGGACGGCUACCUGUGGGGGCUGGACAACAUGGUGAGGUUGGUCAGCAACAUCGCCAGGGACCUACCAGAGAAGACAGUGGACAACCAGGACUCACCAGAGCAGACGGGAUAACCAGGACUGACCAUCAACGAAGACUGACCAUAUACUAGAACUGACCAUACAGUAGGGCUGACCGUACACUAGGACUGACCAUCAACCAGGACUGAGCAACACACACAGGCAUUAACCUGUGACACACACACACACACAGUCAUUAACCAGUGACACACACACACACACACACACACACACAGGCAUUAACCAGUGACACACACACACACACACACACACACACACACAGUCAUUAACCAGUGACACACACACACACACACACACACACAGUCAUUAACCAGUGACACACACACACACACACACACACACAGGCAUUAACCAGUGACACACACACACACACACACAACUAGGACUGGCCGGACCGCAGGCAGUCAGCUCAAACUAUUAUUGUACUUUAUUUUAUUGUUAAAAACUCUGAGAGAGACACUUGACUGAGAACACUUCCAGCCCCUUCCAGCCCACGCUGGCGCUGCUUACCUCCUGAGAUCUGGGUUUGAGACGCUUGACUGAGAACACUUCCAGCCCACGCUGGCCCUGCUUACCUCCUGAGAUCUGGGUUUGAGACACUUGACUGAGAACACUUCCAGCCCACGCUGGCACUGCUUACCUCCUGAGAUCUGGGUUUGAGACGCUUGACUGAGAACACUUCCAGCCCACGCUGGCACUGCUUACCUCCUGAGACCUGGGUUUGAGACGCUUGACUGAGAACACUUCCAGCCCACGCUGGCACUGCUUACCUCCUGAGAUCUGGGUUUGAGACGCUUGACUGAGAACACUUCCAGCCCACGCUGGCACUGCUUACCUCCUGAGAUCUGGGUUUGAGACGCUUGACUGAGAACACUUCCAGCCCACGCUGGCACUGCUUACCUCCUGAGAUCUGGGUUUGAGACGCUUGACUGAGAACACUUCCAGCCCACGCUGGCACUGCUUACCUCCUGAGAUCUGGGUUUGAGACGCUUGACUGAGAACACUUCCCGCCACUUCCAGUUUACACAAAUGUGACUGAAAAGGAUUUUAGCUAGCGGAAUUAUUGUAGUGACCCUUAACCUGUUAUAAAGGAGCGUGAGUAAGCAGGUGUGCCGUGUUCCUGUAGCACAGAGGCAGGGUCAGCAGGGUCAGCAGGUGUGCCGUGUUCCUGUAGCACAGAGGCAGGGUCAGCAGGGUCAGCAGGUGUGCCGUGUUCCUGUAGCACAGAGGCAGGGUCAGCAGGGUCAGCAGGUGUGCCGUGUUCCUGUAGCACAGAGGCAGGGUCAGCAGGGUCAGCAGGUGUGCCGUGUUCCUGUAGCACAGAGGCAGGGUCAGCAGGGUCAGCAGGUGUGCCGUGUUCCUGUAGCACAGAGGCAGGGUCAGCAGGUGUGCUGUGUUCCUGUAGCACAGAGGCAGGGUCAGCAGGUGUGCCGUGUUCCUGUAGCACAGAGGCAGGGUCAGCAAGGUCAGCAGGUGUGCUGUGUUCCUGUAGCACAGAGGCAGGGUCAGCAGGUGUGCCGUGUUCCUGUAGCACAGAGGCAGGGUCAGCAGGGUCAGCCAGGGUCAGCGGUUCAGCAGGUUAGCAGGGACACACAUAGGGGUAGAAGGGGAGACUGAUAAUCCAAUCACAGCUCUUACCUUUAGACUCACACUGAUGAUGCAAAAAGCCCUUGUGGACAGAAGCAUGUUUUAGUGAUCUUUAGUAGAGAGCAUCAAUGCUGUAAUGAAAAACGGAACCCCAAUACCAAUGCUGUACCCGCUGCUUUAUAACCCGCUGAGCCUGCAGGCAGUGUAUCCUUUGCCUUGUUGCAAUGUCGAAGACACAAGCUGUUUUAAAAACAUGUAGGUAAUGUUUACUGAUUAGAACACUAAGUCCAGGUUACUGCUUUCAACCAGAGAGACCUUUUUAUUCAUUUUGAAUUUGAAUUUUAAAACAUGUUCUUUAUUUACUCUUUUUAAUGCGUAAUAAUAUCAUGUGUGCUCAUUUGAAAUAACAUUACGUGGACACACUACCCUGUGUUCCAGAAAAGAAAACAGAAAAAUAUGAAACUAGUACUAUUAAUAUCAUUACUAUUAUUAUUACUGUUACUGUUGUUUGUAACACCUAUUUAAUACCUGUAGAAUUGAUUGACAGAUUGCCCAUUGCGUUCCUGCUGUAUCAGAGAGCAUACCAAGCUUUCACUGCCUCAAUAGUGACACCUAGUGGCAGCAAUCUGACACACCAACAAGCCGCUUCACUGCAAAGCGACUGGGAGCGGACCGAGGCUCAAGCUUCUCUUUUACCACGUGCUGUUCACUGGGCUACUCUUUCAAACUAGUCCUGAGUGGCACAGGGGAGAUGCAAUGAACAAAUAAAGUGGACAUGUUUAUUUAUAACAGGGACUGCUGUAUUUAUGGACACAAGACAUAAGAACACUACUGUAUGCAUUUACUGUAUGUCUGUGCAUAUCAGCUUUGUAACGCUGAGGCUGUGGAAUUCACCUAGCAACACUUUUCAAUAAAAUUCAAGAGGUGAUUUAUGGAU